CAACUCCAGGAAUAACUAUUAUCUCGACGCAAAAACUCAAGAUGCCAGCCGACUACAAUGGACGGUGGGAGAUGGUGAGCAAUGAGAACUUUGAGGAGGUCAUGAAAGCCCUGGAUAUUGACUUUGCCACCAGAAAGAUCGCUUCCCAUCUGCACCAGACAAAAGUCCUUGUUCAAAAUGGAGACAAGUUUGAAACAAAGACAUUGAGCACCUUCAGAAACUAUGAAGUCAACUUUACAGUUGGGGUGGAAUUUGAGGAGCAGACAAAGGGUCUUGACAACCGGAAAGUCAUGACCCUGGUCACCUGGGAUGGGGACAAACUGGUGUGUGUUCAGAAGGGAGAAAAAGAAAAUCGUGGUUGGAAACACUGGAUCGAGGGAGAUCUGCUACAUCUGGAGAUCCAUGUGUUGGACAAAGUCUGCCACCAAGUGUUUAAGAAGGCCCAGUAAGAGGAACCCAAACUGCAAGCUGUCCACUGUUGCAAGACGCAACCUAUUUAAAGUGUUUAUAUUAAAAGCUUAUUCCUU